UCCAUUUACAUCCCAUGUCUUUUUUUAUGCUCCUCUCUUUUUUACAUUCAACACAUAACAAACUUCUAUUUGUAUCCAGCCUCUAUUUAUUCAAGUUGUUCAACCAGAAAGAAAAGUCGUGUUGUCAUCUGUCACUUCCCCCCGAGCGGGAACUCUCGGCAUCUCUGUGUUGUUAGUGACACAAAAAAAACAGUGCCUGGAAAAAGACAAAAAAAACACACUGUCCCUGAAGAUGUAAAAAUACUUCAGACAAGUAGUGUGGUGAAGCAAAAGCAUUUGGUAAGGUCGAGAAGUUUACAAGAUGUUUGGUACUCUCCCACACUUUCUGCUUUCUUUUGGACAUUUGACAUCCCUUCUCCCCCCGCCAUCUGUUCCGCCUUUUUUAUUCAGCUUGUUUUUGACAUGUGGGCAGCUCCUUUGACCACUGCUCCACCAGCCAGACUGCAUCCUGUCAGUCUGACACAUGGCUGUUACCUAAACACACACACACACACACACACACACACUUUGCUAAUGAAUGCUGGCGAGUGCAUGCACACACACGUACAAGGGAAUAGGGUAAGUAUCUACAUUUAAAGUCUGUUGUCAAAUCCAAUUUGUGCAGAGGAGAAACUACACAUCCUCAACACAUUUGUUUAUCUUUCUCUCUAGAUGCUACAGCCCCAGUUUAAACCCCACAGCAUCCAGCAGGUGUUGCUGAGGCUGUUCCAGGUGAUUCCUGGAAGGUCGCCGUACGGCUCGUGGGAUCCGGGACGCUGCUUGCGCUGCGCCGUGGUGGGCAACUCCGGAAACCUCAGAGGGGCCGGAUAUGGGCCGACCAUUGACGGACACAACCACAUCAUGAGAAUAAACCUGGCCCCCACAGUAGGGUACGAGGAAGACGCCGGCAGCCACACCACACACCACUUCAUGUACCCGGAGAGCGCCAAGAACCUGGCAGCCAACGUCAGCUUCGUCCUGGUUCCCUUCAAAACGCUGGAUCUCGUCUGGAUCACCAGCGCUCUAUCUACCGGCCAGAUCCGAUUGUAAGAAGAGAGACACACACACACACACACACACACACACACACACACACACAC